AUGAGCGGUUAUAAAUUCCCCGUCGAUCUCAAGCAGUUCAAGCAGCUUAAGCUUGACCCGAAGACCCCACAGCUAUCAGCCCAACAGAAGAGCGAUUUGCAACACAACAUCGACAUUUUUAGAGAUGCCAUCAUUGCCUUCACAGCAACGGGUGCCGCCCGUGGCGUUGCAGGUCACACUGGAGGUCCCUUCGAUACAGCCCCAGAAGUCUGCAUCCUGCUUGCUUUCAUAAACGCCAACCCUAACAAAUGGGUUGAUGCCCUGUACGACGAGGCUGGUCACCGUGUCGCCACACAAUACCUACUGGCCGCAAUGGACGGCAAGAUUGAGCCCGAUCACCUCCUGAACUAUCGCGCUGCCGACUCCCAUCUCCCCGGCCACCCCGAGCUCGGUUUCACGCCCGGUGUCAAGUUCAGCUCCGGUCGCCUGGGUCACAUGUGGGGUAUGGUCAACGGAAUUGCUAUGGCCAACAAGGAUAAGAAUGUGAUUCUGUUGGGAUCUGAUGGAUCCCAGCAAGAAGGAAAUGACGCUGAGGCUGCACGCCUUGCCGUAGGCAGAAAUCUGAACGUUAAGCUCUUCGUCGAUAACAACGAUGUCACAAUUGCCGGACACCCUUCAGAAUACCUCAAGGGUUAUGAGGUUGCUCGGACCCUUGAUGGACAUGGCCUGAAAGUCCUCCGUGCCCAGGGUGAGAAUCUCGACUCCCUAUACGGUGCUAUGUGCGAAGUCAUCAACCACGAUGGCCCCGCCGCUGUUGUCGUCGACCGCAGGAUGGCCCCUGGUAUUGAGGACAUUGAGGGAGAAACACACGCGCAUGAUGUCAUUCCUGUCGAAAUCGCUCGCAAAUACCUCACAAAGCGCGGAUACAGCAAAGAACAACUUGCUUUCUACGACGAUAUCAAGCCUGGCUCAAACCCCCCACACAUACAAGGGUUCUAG